CUGGCUAGAGUGUAUACUUUGGACCCAAGCUUAAUUUUUCAAAUGUGGAAUCCUAAGCCUUCAUUGAUGAGGGAACUUGGGCCCAGAGGGAAGGAGUGACAGCUCCAGUCCUACUGCGCAGAGCUCAGGCCCCUGACGGCGGCAGGCACAACCUCUUCCCCUGGGUUUGGAGUUGCAAGAGCGUCCAAUGGCAGACCAGAGGAUGGACAUUUCUUCAACCAUCAGUGAUUUCAUGUCCUCGGGCCCUACUGACCUGCUGUCCACUUCCCUUGGCACCAGCGGCGUGGAUUGCAACCGCAAGCGGAAGGGCAGCUCCACUGACUACCAAGAAAGCAUGGAUACAGACAAAGAUGACCCUCAUGGAAGGUUAGAAUAUACAGAGCACCAAGGAAGGAUCAAAAAUGCAAGGGAAGCUCACAGUCAGAUUGAAAAGCGGCGUCGGGAUAAAAUGAACAGUUUUAUCGAUGAAUUGGCUUCUUUGGUACCAACGUGCAAUGCUAUGUCCAGGAAAUUAGAUAAACUUACUGUACUAAGGAUGGCCGUUCAGCACAUGAAAACCUUAAGAGGUGCCACCAAUCCAUAUACAGAAGCAAACUACAAACCCACUUUUCUAUCAGAUGAUGAAUUGAAACACCUCAUUCUCAGGGCAGCAGAUGGAUUUUUGUUUGUCGUAGGAUGUGACCGAGGGAAGAUACUCUUUGUCUCAGAGUCUGUCUUCAAGAUCCUCAACUACAGUCAGAAUGAUCUGAUUGGUCAGAGUUUGUUUGACUACCUGCAUCCUAAAGAUAUCACCAAAGUCAAGGAGCAGCUCUCCUCCUCCGACACCACGCCCCGGGAGCGGCUCAUAGAUGCAAAAACUGGACUUCCAGUUAAAACAGAUAUAACCCCUGGGCCAUCUCGAUUAUGUUCUGGAGCACGACGUUCUUUCUUCUGUAGGAUGAAGUGUAACAGGCCUUCAGUAAAGGUUGAAGACAAGGACUUCCCCUCCACCUGCUCAAAGAAAAAAGCAGAUCGAAAAAGCUUCUGCACAAUCCACAGCACAGGCUAUUUGAAAAGCUGGCCACCCACAAAGAUGGGGCUGGAUGAAGACAAUGAACCAGACAACGAGGGGUGUAACCUCAGCUGCCUUGUUGCAAUCGGACGACUACAUUCUCACAUGGUUCCACAACCGGUGAAUGGGGAAAUCAGGGUGAAAUCUAUGGAAUAUGUCUCUCGGCACGCAAUAGAUGGGAAGUUUGUUUUUGUAGACCAGAGGGCAACAGCUAUUUUGGCAUAUUUACCGCAAGAACUUCUAGGCACAUCAUGUUAUGAAUAUUUUCACCAAGACGACAUAGGACAUCUUGCAGAAUGUCAUAGGCAAGUUUUACAGACAAGAGAAAAGAUCACAACAAAUUGCUAUAAGUUUAAAAUCAAAGAUGGUUCUUUCAUCACACUGCGGAGUCGAUGGUUCAGUUUCAUGAACCCUUGGACCAAGGAAGUAGAAUACAUUGUCUCAACCAACACUGUUGUUUUAGCCAACGUCUUGGAAGGCGGGGACCCAACCUUCCCACAGCUCACAGCGUCCCCCCACAGCAUGGACAGCAUGCUGCCCUCUGGAGAAGGUGGCCCAAAGAGGACCCAUCCCACUGUUCCAGGGAUUCCAGGGGGAACAAGGGCUGGGGCAGGAAAAAUAGGUCGAAUGAUUGCUGAGGAAAUCAUGGAAAUCCACAGGAUAAGAGGGUCCUCGCCUUCCAGCUGUGGCUCCAGCCCAUUGAACAUCACGAGUACACCUCCCCCUGAUGCCUCUUCCCCAGGAGGCAAGAAGAUUUUAAAUGGAGGGACUCCAGACAUUCCUUCCAGUGGCCUAUUACCAGGACAGGCUCAGGAGAACCCAGGUUAUCCAUAUUCUGACAGUUCUUCUAUUCUUGGUGAGAACCCUCACAUAGGUAUGGACAUGAUAGACAAUGACCAAGGAUCAAGUAGUCCCAGUAAUGAUGAAGCAGCAAUGGCUGUCAUCAUGAGCCUCUUGGAAGCAGAUGCUGGGCUGGGUGGCCCUGUUGACUUUAGCGACUUACCAUGGCCGCUGUAAACACUACAUGUUGCUUUGGCAACAGCUACAGUAUCAAAGUGCAUUACUGGUGGAGUUUUACAGUCUGUGAAGCUUACUGGAUAAGGAGAGAACAGCUUUUAUGUACUGAUUUCAUAAAAGCCAUCUCAGAGCCAUUGAUACAAGUCAAUCUUAUUAUGUAUAACUUCAGACAAAGUGGAACUAAGCCUGCUCCAGUGUUUCUUCAUCAUUGAUUAUUGGGCUAGCUGUGGAUAGCUUGCAUUAAUUGUAUAUUUUGGAUUCUGUUUGUGUUGAAUUUUUUAAUCAUUGUGCACAGAGCAUCAUUGGUAGCUUUUAUAUGCAAAUGGUCAUUUCAGAUGUAUGGUGUUUUUACACUACAAAAAAGUCCCUCAUGUGGAUAUUUCUUAUACUAAUUGUAUCAUAAAGCUGUUUAUUCUUCCUUGUAAGAAUCCUUUACUAUAAAUAUGGGUUAAAGUAUAAUGUAUUAGACAGUUAAAUAUUUUUAAUAAAUGUUUCCCUUGUUCUAUAAA